AUGAGGGAUCAAUGUUACUUCGAUGCAGCGUACGACCCACAGACAAACAAAGCAGCGGUGGGAGCCAUUAUUCUAAAUUGGCAAGGACAUUAUGUUUCGGCUAUAACUGCCCCUAUGAUAGACUGUUUUUCGCCCCUAAUGGCGGAGGCCUUUGAUGGGGAAUACUAUGUUGCUGCUGAGAUCUUGGGUUUAGAUCUUGAUGAUGGGUGGUACUAUGUAUCAUGCAUGUCAGCCGGCUGUAAUAAGAAACUAAAAGAAAACGGAGGAUCACUUGUGUGUACUAAGUGUCAUAAGCCAUAUACUCAGGGUACAGUCAGGUAUAAGGUGGUUAUCAUGGCUUUAGACAAGAGUGGAGAUGCCCCACUGUUGCUUUGGGACAGAGAAGUGGCUGAGCUGGUUGGAAUCCCUGCUUGUCUUUUGUAUCAGAAAUACAAGGAGGUUGAUGUUGAAGUACCCCCUGAGUUGGAUGCUAUUGUGGGAAUGAAGAUGUUGUUUAAAGUAGGGUUAAAACUGGCUCUAAAGCGGGGUAAUAAUUCUCCUUUCAAUGUGUUUAGACAAGGGAUGGGUGAUCUGUCAUACCUCAAUGAUAGUGCAAUUUUGGCUCCAACAUUGGAUGUCGUAGAUAGCAUUAACCAAUACAUGAAUGACCAUAAUCCGGCUGAGGGAAAGACAUACUUGAGUUGUGAUUCAGUUUGUAAAUCAGAUUCAAAUGUUGAUAUGUUAGCAGAUUUGCACACUCCCGAAUUCUUGAAUGGCCUUAGAUGUUCUGGAGUACCAAAUCAUGCUUUGACAUUGAAAGUUGGGUCACCUGUUAUGCUCUUGAGAAAUAUUGAUCACACACUCGAAUUAUGCAACGGUACAAGGUUGAUUGUUACUAGGUUAGCUGAUCACGUGUUGGAAGGCAAGAUCAUGUGCGGUACCAAUGCUGGAACAAGACGGUUUCAAGAGUUAGUAGCCCAAGGGGUUUGA